CCCGACUGGAACAUGGCGACUUGCGCUGAAAUCCUGCGGAGCGAGUUUCCCGAAAUUGACGGACAGGUCUUCGACUACGUGACGGGCGUCUUGCACAGCGGCAGCGCGGACUUCGAGUCUGUGGACGACCUGGUGGAAGCUGUGGGGGAACUGUUGCAAGAGGUGUCCGGGGACAGUAAGGAUGACGCGAGUAUCAGAGCCGUGUGUCAGCGGAUGUACAACACUCUGCGCCUGGCUGAGCCACAGAGCCAGGGAAACAGCCAGGUGCUGCUAGACGCCCCUAUCCAGUUGUCAAAGAUAACGGAGAACUACGACUGUGGCACCAACCUUCCAGGACUGCUGAAGAGGGAACAGUCUUCGACAGUGAAUGCAAAGAAGCUAGAGAAGGCUGAGGCUCGACUAAAGGCAAAACAGGAGAAACGCUCAGAAAAGGACACACUCAAGACCAGCAACCCUCUAGUCUUGGAAGAGGCAUCAGCCAGCCAGGCAGGCAGCAGAAAAGAGAGUCGGUUGGAAUCAUCUGGCAAGAACAAAUCCUACGAUGUGCGAAUUGAGAACUUUGACGUGUCUUUUGGCGAUAGGGUACUGCUGGCUGGUGCAGAUGUGAACCUGGCAUGGGGCCGCCGCUAUGGGCUGGUGGGUCGGAAUGGGCUGGGGAAGACAACACUGUUGAAGAUGCUGGCCACCCGGAGCCUGCGAGUUCCAGCCCAUAUUUCCCUGCUGCAUGUAGAGCAGGAAGUUGCUGGAGAUGACACCCCUGCCCUGCAGAGUGUGCUGGAGAGUGACACUGUGCGAGAAGACCUCCUGCAGCGAGAGCGGGAGCUCAGUGCCCAGAUUGCUGCUGGCAGGGCUGAGGGCUCAGAAUCUGCACAGCUGGCAGAAAUCUAUGCCAAAUUGGAGGAGAUUGAGGCUGACAAGGCACCUGCUAGGGCAUCAGUCAUUCUUGCUGGACUUGGCUUUACCCCUAAAAUGCAGCAGCAGCCCACCCGGGAGUUCUCAGGUGGCUGGAGAAUGAGACUGGCCCUGGCCCGGGCCCUGUUUGCCAGGCCAGAUCUUCUGCUCUUAGAUGAACCCACAAACAUGUUGGAUGUAAGGGCCAUCCUUUGGCUGGAGAAUUACCUGCAGACAUGGCCCUCUACAAUUCUGGUCGUCUCCCACGACCGAAACUUCCUGAAUGCCAUAGCCACAGACAUCAUCCACCUGCACAGCCAGCGACUAGAUGGUUACCGGGGAGAUUUUGAGACCUUUAUCAAGACUAAGCAGGAGCGGCUACUCAACCAGCAGCGUGAAUACGAGGCACAGCAGCAGUAUCGCCAGCAUAUCCAGGUUUUCAUUGACCGGUUUCGCUACAAUGCCAACAGAGCCUCUCAAGUACAAAGUAAACUUAAGAUGCUGGAGAAGCUGCCAGAGCUGAAACCCGUGGACAAGGAGUUGGAAGUAGUGAUGAAGUUCCCUGAUGGGUUUGAGAAGUUCUCACCACCAAUUCUGCAACUAGAUGAGGUUGGGGAGAAUGGGGCUGGGAAGUCUACUAUGCUGAAGCUACUUAUGGGAGACUUAACACCUGUUCGGGGCAUCAGACAUGCUCACAGGAAUCUGAAGAUUGGCUAUUUCAGCCAGCACCACGUGGAGCAGCUGGACCUGAAUGUCAGUGCUGUGGAACUGCUGUCACGCAAGUUUCCUGGUCGGCCUGAGGAGGAGUAUCGUCACCAGCUGGGCCGGUAUGGCAUCUCUGGAGAACUGGCUGUGCGCCCUGUUGCCAGCUUGUCUGGGGGCCAGAAGAGCCGGGUGGCCUUUGCUCAGAUGACCAUGCCCUGCCCCAACUUCUAUAUUCUGGAUGAACCCACAAACCACCUGGAUAUGGAAACAAUUGAGGCUCUUGGCUGCGCUCUCAACAAUUUUAGGGGUGGUGUGAUUCUGGUGUCCCAUGAUGAGCGCUUCAUCAGGCUGGUGUGCCAGGAGUUGUGGGUGUGCGAAGGAGGCGGUGUCACCCGGGUCGAGGGGGGAUUUGACCAGUACCGUGCCCUUCUCCAGGAACAGUUCCGCCGUGAGGGCUUCCUUUAGGCCCAAUAGACUGAGGACUAUGCCCAGGACAUGGACUGGUCUCUCAGACCCCUGGGCCAUCAUGUAGGCAACCAUCUCCAGGCCAUGGACCUCCUCUGACUUUGGGGAUAGCCUUAUCCCAGAUCUCUCCUUUUUACUGGAGCAUGCUCUGCACAAUCCAAGGAGCCUCAUCUAAUGGUCUGUGAGAACUGGUCUUCUAAGUGGAAGGGGUGAGGGUUGCCCUCUGGGGUUAUAGAUCCCCCCACUGCCCCAGCUCUGACUGGGCGCCAAGUGGCUGCUGUGUAAAUUAAAUCUUCCUGGCCUCACUUUGCUGUUCCCUGGCAGGGCUGCACUAUGUUAAGGGGUGUGGACUCUCUGAUUUGGCAUUCUCCUAUGACAUUUGUAUCACAAGGAGGAAGUUAUGGCAUCACCAGCCUUGUCCCUGGAAAGAGACAUCAUUAAAGCUGCUGGGGUACAGAAGUCACCUGCCUGACCUUGCGAUGGGCUGGGCUGUUUGAAUGAAGGGCAGUGUGUUAUAUCACUGUAGUGCUGGUCCCUGUAUCCUGGGCUCAGCCUCAGCUGAAGGGGUCUUGAGUUCUGCUGUCUCUGCCUCACUGCUUGGGAGAGUGAACUGAUUCUGUAAUCUUGCUUUGACAUGGUUUGUCAAGUGCUUUCUCCCAUGGUCUCUGGCCCAGGCUCACCCUCCUCUGAUCUGGACCUUCAGAAGAGGCUGAAGAGAAAUUGUCUUUGUCCUCGUUUUGCUUGCGUGGUGUCUAUUUAUCCUCUAAUCAAGUCGGAGGGACUGGGAAGUAGGGAAUUGAAAAUGGGGUCUAAUGGGAAGAAAUAGAGCACUGUGUUUUCAAAUUAAGCAGUCUUCAAGGGGGGCAGUGUUUAACAGGGGUAAUAUGAGUUACAAAUAUUAUUUCUCAAGGGCUUAGCUGCUGUAUGUUAUUGCUAUGCAGAAGACACAAACAGAGACAUUGAGUUGCUCUUGGAGAUAAUGGAGAAAACCACAAUCAACAGAAGGCACUUGCUGGCUUCGUGGAAAUUACAGUCACAAAGUUCAACCAAGGAAUUUUAACUCAGCUGAUGAAGUUAUUGUGUAGGUAGCUGGGAGAGAAAUGCCCCUUUUGGAGUAAAAGAGAAUAAAGAUAGGAAGGUUUUGUUGAUUUACCACAGAACAGGCAGUGAUGGAUGGAUGAAACCAGCAGAAGAGACAUGAAUCGACCUGCCUCCUCAGCCUUCCUCAUUCCCUUUCAGAAGUCCAGAGGAGAUGUUCUCCCAGCUCUGCAGCUAUGUGCAUCUUCACACUCCUGAGAGCCUUCUCACAGCCCCUAUCCCUUUCCACCAACUUCAGACCAGCAGAUGAGCCAGUCAAAGUCCAUCUGGUGGGUGAUCUGUGCCUACCUGUUUGCCAGGCUCAACCCCUUUCCCCCUCACAAGCUUGUGAAUCCUGAUACGAGGUCUCCCAACUCCUUAGCGUCAGUGGGAGUGCAACUGAGGGGUUCUGUGACAGAAUCUCCUUCUUUUGGAGGUAGGUGACAUUGUACAAAGAGUACUCGAGUUGGGUCUAGUGCCAUUACUGGUGAUAGAAGGGGUCAGCACUGUAAGAAAUAUUAGCUGAGUAUGGAGUCACUUAACCUUUUUUUUGUUUUGUUAAU